AUGAGUUCUGAGUCGAAUAAAACAGCUCCAAAUUGCUGUGACAAUUCUUUGGCUCCAGAAGUGCAGCAGGGAAAGAUUAACGAGGUGAAAAGGUUAAUUGGGCCACAGUCUGGUAAAUUGGCUCUUUAUUGUUCCGAUGCUUCCAUAUCAAGAUACUUAAGGGCACGAAACUGGAAUGUUAAUAAGGCUGUUAAAAUGCUUAAAGCAACCCUAAAGUGGAGAAUGGAAUACAAACCUGAAGAAAUUCGCUGGGGUGAUAUUGCAAAGGAGGCAGAAACUGGAAAAAUUUACAGGGCCAGUUAUAAAGAUAAGCACGGGAGGCCAGUUCUGGUCAUGAGGCCUAGGUGCCAGAACACAAAAUCAACAAAAGGCCAAAUUAAGUAUUUGGUUUAUUGCAUGGAGAAUGCAAUUCUAGAUCUUCCCCAAGACCAGGAGCAGAUGAUCUGGUUGAUUGAUUUUCAUGGUUUCAGUAUGUCGAAUAUAUCAAUAAAGGUAACACGGGAAACAGCUCACGUCCUUCAAGAGCAUUAUCCCGAGAGACUUGGAGUUGCAAUUCUAUAUGAUCCACCGAAGAUAUUUGAACCAUUUUGGACGGUUGCGAAACCUUUCCUAGAGCCUAAAACUGUUGCUAAAGUCAAAUUUGUUUACUCGGACAACCCUAAUACAAUGAGCAUCAUGGAUAAUUUGUUCGACAUGGAAGUGGUGGAAUCUGCGUUUAGCGGGAAAGAUGAUACAGGUUUUGACAUCGACAAGUACGCUGAGAGAAUGAAGGAGGACGAUAAAAGAAUUCCUUCGUUUUGGACAAUUGAUAAUAAUCUGGCAGCAACAUCGCUUCCCACUGCCCCCAGUUUAGACCCCGCUAAUUCAGAGCCAGAAUCCGAUGCCUCUGAAGAAAAAGCGGACAAAUCAUCGUCUCCUGAGGAUGAUGAAGAUCACACAUUGACCGAUGAAUCUCUACCUUCGAAAGAGAAGUGA